AUGGAUGAACCACCUUCAAAAGAGACAAUAACAAAAAUUGGUUUUCAUAUUGCCGAAUCUUCGCAAAGCAUUCAUGGAAAUCCAUACGGGAGUUAUUUGCAAAUAAGCGACAAUAUAACAGAAAGCAACUUGAUUAGUCAACGAUCCGCUAGAAUCAUCAGAGAUAAGCUUGAUCCUGACAUAACGACCUCCCGCCUGACAGUAGCUGACUCAAUGAUCCUCUUCACCGAGUCGCGUCUUCUUCCCCGCAAGUCAAAAAGCACUACUCCUGGUCCAAAUUCAGAAGAGACCAUUUUCGCUCAGUUCAAGAAUCGCCGCUUCACUGCCAUGUUCAUCUGCGACGUUGUUGGAUUUUUCAGCUACAUGAUCAUCUUCCAGUAUUUCAUCGACAGAUUGAUCAAUGGAAUAAAUCUUGAAGUCUACGAGGCACUUUCUUGUAUGAGUUUGAUUGCUAUUGGAAAUACGGUCUCGAAAAUCGUUUGCGGCAUCUUGUGCGAUCGAAAAAUCAUCAGUACUUAUGGCAUGAUGGCUUGGUCACAUGUCAUGUCAGGAAUCAUGGGACUCUGCAUCAAUUUUUCAACAAAUGCUUCGACUUCCCUUAUCUACGGUGCUUUGAUGGGGAUUUCUAUCGGCCCCUUUUCCCUAACUCCCUGUACAUUUGCUGACCUGGUGCCUCCAGAAAUGCUCGCUCCUGCCAUGAGCUUGCUGACUUUUUGGGAAGGAAUUGCGCUUUUUCUAGGCCCCCUUGUUGGAGGAAUGAUUUAUGAUUUCUCAAAAAGCUACAAUCUGGUCUUUUACGUCGGCGGGUUAAUAACGCUGAUUGUCGGAGUGAUACCCUUACUUGCAUCGUUCAAUUUUAAAAGAAUCUGUUCAAAACGAAAUUCAAACUGA